AUGGAUAUACGCAACGGGAGGAGGCGAAAGAUAACAACCCCAAGAAGUCUGCGGGCUUACAAAAGGCUGGUUGAAGCACAGAACGCCACCGCCAACAUGAAGACAAAACGGGAGGUGAAACGAGAGGUGUGCAAAGUCCUGAGGUCGCUAGUGGUAGAGAACAACAGUGUGGACAUAGAUGUCCCCAUGGAGGAGCACUGUUUCUCUAUGAACUUUAGUAAGAACGAGAACCUCGAGGAGCAUGUUAUGGUUAUGGCACCACGCUACAGUCUGUUGCGAGAGGUCGGAAGGGGCAGCUAUGGGGUAGUGUUCGAGGCAAUUGCACGGAGGACAGGGGCAAGGGUAGCGGUUAAAAAACUCCAGUGUAACGCUCCUGAAAAUGUGGAACUCGCUCUGUCCGAAUUCUGGGCCUUGGCAAGCCUGGAGAAGAAGCACGAGAAUGUUGUGCAGCUCGAGGAAUGUGUGUUACAAAGGAAUGGAAUGGCCCAGAAAAUGAGUCAUGGAAAUAAAAGGUCCAAACAAUACCUGCGGUUGGUGGAGACUUCACUAAAAGGUACCUUAGCUCAUUUUUACCUCGAUGAAAUCCACUGCCUGAUUGGUUCGUCACCCUUUAGUAGCUAGCUAGCUAGAUUGAAACGAUAAAAUGGCUUGCUAGCUAAAUUAGCUAGCUCUGUGAUCAAUACAGAGUAGGCCAGUCAAAACAAUUUUUUCCUUAGCAAGCUAGCUGCUAACUCAGUAUUUCACCCAUUGUUUGCAAAAAGGAGGCACAUUUUUCAAACUUGCUGAUCAGCACAUACAAACGAGGUAGAUAAAGGAAAUCAACCCAAACUUUUUUUUAACUAAAUGUAACAUUGUGUAACAUGUUAUGUUACCUAUUGUUUAUAUAAGGCUGCUUGUUUGUUUUGAAUGGCAAACAGAAUAGAUAGGCAGUUAUUAGAUUAGAGUUUAAUAGUCACAUGUACAUGGUUGCAGAUGUAAUUACAGGGUAGAGUGAAAUUCUUGAACUCCGAGCUCUGACAAUGCAGGACAAAGUGAAAAAAACUAUAAUAGAAUAAUAACAAUGGAAAUAAUAAUAUAUACAUAUUAACAACUGUAGCAAUGAUAAAUGUCAAUUGGGGUGAGUGCAGGGUAAAUGUAUGUUGGCGGGGGCGUCCACAGGGGAACAGGGGGGCACAAUGCUUGAUUUUGUAGUCAAUUCCAGGUUGCUCAGUCUCAUACAUUUGUUUUUAGGAACAAGAUUUCGAAAUAUCCAUGUGCCACCUAUAGGGUAACUGCCAUACUGCUCUAUAGGCACUGUACUAUUCCCAGCACUUGAGAACACAGUGUUCUAGUUGGCCAUCAGUUAACCCUUUCCUGGUUGGCUGCAAAUUUGCAUACGUGACUGAAUCAAGUAAUCAAUAUUUAUUGCAAUUAAUGGUAUAAACCCAAGCUAUUGCCUCUUAUUUUUAUUAUUAUUAUAGUUUCUAUUAGUAUUAAAUGUACGUCACUUGACCUUUUUUCCCUAGUCAAGCUUAUUUGAGCUAAAUGUGAAAUAUGCCAAUAUUAAUUAGGAUUAGAUUGUUUUUUUGUUGUUGUUUUGAGGCCCACAGAUACGGCUGAAUCUUGCUUUUAAUCUCUAGGCUUACUGUUCAGAGCCUGUAGCCUCGGUACUGCCUUUGCUGCCUCUCUUUUAUAAUUAGUUAUGUAAGUGUCAUCAUUUCAGGUCAUUACUUUUGCCAACAAAUUAAAUAUUAAACUUGACAUCAUUUUAGCCAAUAUCCAUCAUUUGAAAAACAAAAGGAGCUUCUCUAGGCUAUAUAGUCUAAAUAUUAUCAUCAAUAUUUGUCACUUUCUGCACAGCUUUGAGAGCAUGGUGUUCUGAAGCCUAGAAUGAAUAUACUGUAUGGUGAUCAUCCUAUCUGUGAAGGUUUGUUGGACAAUAAUGCUCAGGUAGAACACUUCAGCACUCUUAUAAGUAGUCUAGGCCAGUGGUUCCCAAACAAGGCGUAGUUUGGGAACCACUAAUAGUAGAAUGCACAAGGUGCAAUUUCGAAAUUGGGUAGUACAUCAUCAGUUCCUCUUGUCAUGUUAGUCAUUACAUACCUUAGAGAGCUAUUUAUAACUACAUAUUUUAGUAAUUUUUUUUGUCACUCAAAUAUCACAUCAAUACAAAUUAGACAUGGCAAAAUUUAUAGAUUUGCACAAAUAUUGCUUUAAACCUGCAAAAUUAUUUCCAGCAACAAGAGGGGUGUGAACAGUUUGUGUCAUGAACAGUGCUUGUGCCCGUGCGCGCGCAGGUGGGGCACGGGAUGUUCCCCAAUGCUGGAAGGGGGUCCCCCCGAGUGGAAAAAGUUUGGUAACCCCUGGUCUAGGCGACUGGGAUAUGGUACUAUAGAGUUGUCUGCAAUGCCAUCUCACAAAGCUGCAUUGUGUUGCUCAGGGCUUGUGCGUCAGGAAUGAUAAGUGAUCCCAUUUUUGGAUGCGUUUCUGUCUGAGUUGAUAAAGUAAGCUAGUUGAUGUCUUAUAUCUUGCAGUGUGUUGCUUAUCUGCACAAUUAGGUUACUCCCUGCAUUUAUUAAACUGAAAGACUUUCAACAAAUAAAAAAUCCUAAGAUUUUCAGAAAACGGAUAAACUGCAUGAGCUUAAAAUUGGCCUAUUAUGGACAAUAUCAGCAAGUCAAAACAAGUGGUUGACAUAUUGGUUUAAAACCAAUGGUGGUCCUCUGUAGCUCAGCUGGUAGAGCACGGCGCUUGUAACGCCAAGGUAGUGGGUUCGAUCCCCGGGACCACCCAUACACAAAAAAAAAUUAUGCACGCAUGACUGUAAGUCGCUUUGGAUAAAAGCGUCUUCUAAAUGGCAUAUUAUAUUAUUAUUAUUAUAUUAUUAUAUUAAAACAGUUCAUGAGACAGUAUAGUUGCACCUAUUUUUGAAACUUCUCUCUCUCCUUGACCUACUGUAGUCUUUGUUCAGUCCUGGGGGUGUGACUUUGUUAAAGGCGGUGCAGUGAUGAAAAACAAUAGGAUAAAGGGGGUUAUUGGACUACAUUUUCCAUUCCCCUUUAAAUCCCAGUAGGGCUGUCCCCAACAAAAAAAAUCUUGGUUGACCAACAGUCGUCUGUUCUUUCGACCAAUCGAUUGGUCAACAUUUUUAAAACGUAUUUUUCCAUAUAUAGACACAUCCUAUGUUUUAAUAAAAUCUACUAUAUGUAGGCUACUGAGCUUGUCUGAUGCAUUAAGCACUGCGAAUAAAAAUGAAGAUACAUAAAUUACUAAAGAGGGAGCUAGAGAUCAAUAUAGCCUAACCAGAAGAAAGAAACCUGUUCCCGACCCUCCUGCUCCCGCUGCCCUCUGCUGCUUGCUGUUGCAGAUUCUGCCAUUACCAUCCUGAAGUUGCAGGUAAUAGGCUACACCAGCGGUCGCCAACCUUUUUCAUUCGGAGUGCCAAGUUAUCCUUCCAUUUCUACUGAUCUACGUGCCAGUGGUGAUUUUCAUAUGCACAUUUUCGUGGAACAGUUUAAUUUCAUGUAUAAUAAAGUCUUCAUAUCUCAAAAUCAAUGUAAGGUUAAUCAAAAUUCGAAAUGAAAAUGAUACAAAUCCCAAAGUUAUUUCAAUUGCCAUUGCCUGUAUGUAAAAAUAGCCUACAUAAAGCCAACAAAUAAAAACAUUGCAGCCCGCAAGUAGAAAAUAUCCUGAUGAAAAUAAAUAUCCUAUAAAUCACAUUGGCUAUGCAUGGCCUGUCUGCAAAGAACUUGAAACAUUGUAUUAACUUGGUCCGGCCCGAAGCUUGUGCUAGCAAACUUACAAGUUUGUAUAAAAUAUUCUGGGUCCUCAGUUUCCCGCGGCAGUGAGCUCCAGACAGACAGACUUGUAAUCAGGUAGGCCUAUUUUAUGAUGUUUCCACUAGAUCAGAGCAUGACAUUUUUUCCCCCUUUCAAAUAGGUUGAGGAAUUAUUGUCAUUCUCAAUGGAUGUAAAAACAGACUUUGUUUACUUGCUGUUUGAGGCAAAGACAUUUUUUACUUUGAGAAGCUCCACAGUGAUGGUGAGUUAAGAAAAUCAGAAAUCGUAUCAGAUCCCCAAAUGGGCACACUUAUAGGCCUACAUUUGCGCGAAGGCCAGGUAGACUAGUCCUACUUCUAUAUGUGUAAUCAGGUGCGUGUCCUUACUCAAGAUUGACAGGAGCGCUCCAAACAAAAGACAAUGAAUAAAUGGACAACUUGUAAAUGGAAUGAAAUAAACAACAACUUUAUUUCUCACAAGUGUAGCCUAGGUUGUGCGCUCUGCAAACAACGUGUCCACUCCUACGAUGACAAUGGUAAGACUGUAAUAUUGAAUGCAUUAACAGAAAUUACUGUAACCAAACAAACAUUGUAGAUUAGAAAUUAUGGGAAUUAACUGUAAAUGUACUACUGGUGUGCCAACCCCGCGGCCUCCGCAAUGGAACAGUCCACUCAGACAGGCGUGAAUCAGACAUGUCUCAUGUGCCAUAAUCUUUUUUAAAAUGUAUUUGUCACUGCUCGACCCAAAAAAUCUUGGUCGACCAACCGCUUAUCACCAAACGAUCGACUAAUGACUAAAUGCGGUCAGCCCUAAAUCCCAUGGUCAACCCCCCCCCCCCCCCCUGUUUUGGAUACUAGAGGGACUUGGCCUUGACUCUGUCUGAAUAAGGGAUUUCUACCUUAGUUUGCAUUAGUUCAGUUCACCUUACUAAGCCCGAACAUUGUGGGGCACAGACAGAUUAGCUGUGCUCUUUGGACACAGUCCCAGAGACCCUAGACAAGAUCUGUGCAUUGAUGAUUGCGCUGUUGCACACAGCCCUAUCUUAAUGUGUGUAGAUAGCUCGCCACAGUUUAUUUGAGAAACAAGUCCCAUUUGUUUUCAUAGCCAUCAUUGCACAUGAUGUGGAAGGGGGGGGGGGGGCAGUGUUACCCCUAUAUUAUUUUAUCAGCGGCAGGCCGCCGGUGCUAAGUCGUUGCCGCCACUCCAAAAUAUAUACUUUUUAACAAUAAUUAUUAUAAUUAUCGGGACAUUUUCAGUGUAAACUUAAACGACUAAAACCAGAUAUAAAGUAUGUAGAAAAGAUAAUGGAGCUCUAUAUUUGUAAAUAAGAUCAUCUUUGAGAACUAACAAUCACCAAAAUAAAAACUAGACAGAAUCUAAAAUUCUAAAAAUGUCAUGGCAUGGGACCCCCAUUGAUUUUAUGUUUGAGGCACUCAGAUAGCAUAUAAACAUGGCGUAAGUCAUGGCAAAAUGUGUAGAAUUGCAGGAAAUGAGCUUUAAAACAUCCAAAUUUAGUCUACGGCCAAGAUGACGGCCUCUAAAAUUGUUGGUUAGAGAUGUUCCAUUGGUUUUGCCACCCUUAAAUGCUGUUUUGUCUUUCCCUAGGUGAGCGAAUUCUGGGCUACCCGGAGGAGCCGUGCUACCUGUGGUUCAUCAUGGAGUUCUGCGAGGGCGGGGACCUCAACCAGUACAUCCUUUCGCGGCGGCCCGAUCCGCGCACCAACAAGAGCUUCAUGCGCCAGCUGACCAGUGCCGUGGCCUUCCUGCACAAGAACAACAUUGUGCACCGCGACCUCAAACCCGACAACAUCCUCAUCUCCCAGAAGUCAGGGUUGCCUGUGCUCAAAGUGGCUGACUUCGGCCUCAGCAAGGUCUGCGCAGGCUUGGGCACCGGUGGCAAAGACGGCGAUGAGCAUCCCAUAGCUGGCGGCGGGGGCAGCGGCAACAAUGUGAACGUGAACAAGUUCUGGCUGUCGUCAGCCUGUGGCUCAGACUUUUUCAUGGCGCCCGAGGUGUGGGAGGGCCACUACACGGCCAAGGCGGACAUCUUUGCCCUGGGCAUCAUCAUCUGGGCCAUGCUGGAGCGGAUCACCUUCAUCGACGCUGAGUCCAAGCGCGAGCUGCUGGGCACCUACGUGCGGCAGGGCACUGAGAUUGUGCCGGUGGGUGAGGCGCUCCUGGGGAACCCCAAGAUGGUGCUCCACAUCCCGCAGAAGACACGCAGCACCAUGUCGGAGGGGGUGAAGAAGCUGCUGCAGGACAUGCUGGCAGUCAACCCCCAGGACCGGCCCGACGCCUUCCAGCUGGAGGUGCGGGUGGACCAAGUCACGUGUGCUGCGUGA